AUGGGUGGUUGUGUCAGCUCAGAGUCCAAUGUGGACCUUGAACAGAAAAAGCGAAGUCAGAUGAUCGACAGAAAAAUAGAGGAAGACUCGAGACGAUUACGACGAGAAUGCAAGAUCUUACUACUCGGCUCCGGCGAAAGUGGAAAGUCAACCAUCGUCAAACAAAUGAAGAUUAUUCACCAAAAUGGUUACAGCGUCGAAGAAUUGACAAUGUACCGACUCACCGUCUACAAGAACCUGCUCGACUGCGCCAAAUCUGUGAUCGAGGCCUACGAACAUUUCGAUAUAGAGCCGACCAGCCAGAAAGUGCGGGAUUUCAUCACAUACAUCUCAGAAUACAACAUAGAUCCCGAUCCUUCUAUACCGUUAGACCCGAAAGUUGGCGAUGCAGUGACAUUUAUAUGGAAUGAUCCGUGUACGGCAUCAGUUAUGGAGCACCAGAGCGAGUUUUACCUGAUGGAUUCAGCGCCAUACUUUUUCGAAAAUGCGAAGCGAAUAGCAGCAUCAGAUUACAUACCUAAUGAGGCCGAUGUGCUUCGGGCGCGUACCAAGACGACAGGAAUCUACGAGACGAGGUUCACUAUGGGCCAGCUCAGUAUACACAUGUUUGAUGUCGGCGGACAACGCAGUGAACGAAAGAAAUGGAUUCAUUGUUUCGAAAACGUCACAUCGAUCAUCUUUUGCGUUGCGCUCAGUGAAUACGACCAAGUUCUGUUAGAAGAAAGCAAUCAGAAUCGAAUGAUGGAGAGCUUGGUUCUCUUCGAUUCAGUUGUCAACUCGAGAUGGUUCAUGCGCACGAGUAUAAUUUUAUUCAUGAAUAAAGUCGAUCUCUUCCGACAAAAGCUUGGUCGAUCACCCCUCAGCAAUUACUUUCCAGAUUACUCCGGCGGCAACGACGUUAACAGAGCAGCAAAGUACCUGUUGUGGAGGUUCAACCAGGUCAAUCGAGCUCAUCUGAACUUAUACCCUCAUCUCACACAAGCCACCGAUACAACCAAUAUUCGUCUUGUUUUCGCCGCCGUCAAAGAAACCAUUCUACAAAACGCUUUGAAAGAUUCCGGUAUUCUCUCAUAUUGA